GUGGUGGCUGGUUCUGCGCCGGAUCCGGGAGUCGGGCGGGCGCCAUUGUGAUUCGGGGCCGAUUUUUCUGCCUCUGUUAGAGGCCUCGAACUCCGAGGAGGAAGGCGGCGGUGUGAUCGCUGGAAGCGGGACGGGCCCUGUUCAGUGCCAGCUCUGGAGCAGGGGAAACAUUAAGAAUGGAGUCUAAACCUUCAAGGAUUCCAAGAAGAAUUUCUGUUCAACCCUCUAGCUCUUUAAGUGCUAGGAUGAUGUCUGGAAGCAGAGGAAGUAGUUUAAAUGAUACCUAUCACUCAAGGGACUCUUCGUUUAGACUGGAUUCUGAAUAUCAGUCUACAUCAGCAUCAGCAUCUGCAUUACCAUUUCAGUCUACAUGGUAUAGUGAGUCUGAGAUAACUCAGGGAGCACGUUCAAGAUCGCAAAACCAGCAACGGGAUCAUGAUUCAAAAAGACCUAAACUUUCCUGUACAAACUGUACAUCUACCUCAGCUGGGAGAAGUGUUGGACAUGGUUUAAAUGCAGUAUCAGAUUCUUCUUGGAGGCAUAGUCAAGUUCCCAGAUCUUCAUCAGUGGUACUUGGAUCAUUUGGAACUGACUUAAUGAGAGAGAGGAGAGCAGAUUCCUCCAUUAGUAAUCUUAUGGAUUAUAGUCACCGAAGUGGUGAUUUCACAACUUCAUCAUAUGUUCAAGACAGAGUUCCUUCUUCAUAUUCACAAGGAGCAAGACCAAAAGAGAACUCUUUGAGCACUUUACAAUUGAAUACAUCAUCUACAAAUCACCAAAUGCCUUCUGAACAUCAGACCAUACCAUGUUCUAGGGACUCUGGUAGAAAUUCUUUAAGAUCGAAUUUUUCUCCAAGAGAAUUAGAAUCUCCCCAAAGCAGUAUACAGCCUGGAUUUUCUUAUAUUUCAAAUAGAGGUGAAACCUCAACUAUAGGCAGUUCAAAUAGGGUUGGCUCAUCUCAAAGAUCAUUUCAAGAAUCUUCUGACAAUGAAGGUAGGCGUACAACAAGGAGAUUGCUGUCACGUAUAGCUUCUAGUAUGUCAUCUACUUUUUUUUCACGAAGGUCUAGUCAGGAUUCCUUGAAUACAAGAUCAUUGAGUUCUGAGAAUUCUUACAUUUCUCCAAGAAUCUUGACAGCUUCACAGUCUCGUAAUGCAGCAUCAGCUUCUGAUGGUCCUGAUAACAGGGCAUCCGAAGCUUCUCAGGGAUUUCGAUUUCUUCGGCGAAGAUGGGGUUUGUCAUCUCUUAGCCAAAAUCAUAGCUCUGAGCCAGAUUCCCAAAAUUUUAACCAAGAAUCUGAAGGUAGAAAUACAGGACCAUGGUUAUCUUCCUCACUUAGAAAUAGAUGCACACCUUUGUUCUCUAGAAGGAGGCGAGAGGGACGAGAUGAAUCUUCAAGGAUAUCUACCUCUGAUAUACCAUCUAGAUCUCAUCAUAUUUUUAGAAGAGAAUCAAAUGAAGUGGUUCACCUUGAAGCACAGAGUGAUCCCCUUGGGGCUACUGCCAGCAGACCACAAGCAUCUGCAGCACCAAGCAGUGCUGCUACGGGGGGCUCUGUAUCGGAUUCGGCUUACAGUGGACGAAGUACAGGAAUAACAGGGAUCCUUCCUGGUUCCUUAUUCCGAUUUGCAGUGCCCCCGGCACUUGGAAAUAAUUUGACCGACAAUGUCAUGAUCACUGUAGAUAUUAUUCCUUCAGGUUGGAGUUCAUCUGAUGGAAAAAAUGAUAAAACUAAAAGUGUACCCUCAAGAGACCCAGAAAGACUGCAAAAAAUAAAAGAGAGCCUCCUUUUAGAGGACUCUGAAGAAGAAGAAGGUGAUUUAUGUAGAAUUUGUCAGAUGGCAGCUGCAUCAUCCUCUAACUUGCUGAUAGAGCCAUGCAAGUGCACAGGAAGUUUGCAGUAUGUCCACCAAGAGUGUAUGAAAAAAUGGUUACAGGCCAAAAUUAACUCUGGUUCUUCGCUAGAGGCUGUAACCACCUGUGAACUCUGUAAAGAGAAGUUGCAGCUUAACCUGGAGGAUUUUGAUAUUCAUGAACUACAUAGAGCUCAUGCAAAUGAACAAGCUGAGUAUGAGUUUAUCAGCUCUGGUCUCUACCUAGUUGUGUUACUGCACUUGUGCGAACAAAGCUUUUCUGAUAUGAUGGGAAAUACGAAUGAACCAAGCACACGUGUCCGAUUUAUUAACCUUGCAAGAACUCUUCAGGCACAUAUGGAAGAUCUCGAAACGGUAAUAAGCCAGAUUCUACUCAGGUGUGUGAGAGCACUUGCCUUAAGUUUACUCUUUCUUUCUCUAGUGUAUUUCUCAUUAGCUACUAUGAACACAAAUUGAUCCCAGAAACUUUUUAGAUGUUCUUGAAUCACAUUUUUAAACAUUUUCAUUUUAAUAAAAACUAACAGAAGAAAAAGUGUCGGGGUGGGAGCGUUGUAGACGGGCCUCACCCACAGUCAGACCGCCCUUAACCCUGGCAUAUACUACAUUGGGGUUUUUAUCGUACAAGUCAUUGCUGUUCUGGCUUCAUACUUACACUUCCAUUCUCAUCCCCCUUAAAAUCAUUCUUGAUCAUCCUGUUUUCUUUCAACAGCUUCAGAGGAUGAUUCUGAAGAAGAUGGAGACCAUAACAGAACAUUUGAUAUUGCCUAACUUCGUAUGAGACAAAUGGAUGAUCUGUGAACAGUGUUUAUUAAAACUGGCAAUUAAGUAUGAAUUAAUUUUCUAGGGAAAUACCUAUUGAAUACAUUUACUGUCUAUAUAUAUAUAUAGAAUGAAAAAAAUAUAUAUAUAUACACACACACAUAUUAUGCAUGUAUAUAUAUGUUCAUUCUCAAGUGUUGCUGAAUUAAAAUUCUGCUGGGCCUUUUAACAUGGCCAGUGAAUCUGAUGUUUAUAAACUGGUAAUUAAAAGUAUUUUUCUUUUAGAUGAGUGGGGAAAGUGUUACCCUUGUUUUAAAUAUCUAAGCAAUGCUGACAGCCCUUUUUUGUGUUGUGAUUACUGUAGUUAUAUUUAUGAAAAAAGGUUGGUGUUUUAGUCUCGUUAGUGAAAAAAGUGGGACAAAGUAUGCUUUUAGAAUAAAUUGCCAAAUGGCACCUAAUUAUUUUUCUUUUUAAAAUGCCUUAAGUUGCGGUCUCAUUUUCAUAAUCAUUUGCUUCCAGUGUUUAAAAAAAAAAAAAGAAUGGGGAGAAAGUUAAGAAGAGCAUUCAUUAUAUUAGGUUUCCAAAUUUAAUUUGAAUUCUAAAUUCACUUAGCAAUGGUCUAAUUUUUAAAAUAUAUAAAGUGUACAAAUGGAUGAAUUUUUGUAUUGAUGUGCAAAAUGCAGAUUAUAUUUGAUAGGCCAUAGUAUGUAGAUAUUCCUUUUAGGAAUAUUACAGCUGUAAAUUAUAUCAGAAUUGCCAGUCAGAUGCUAUUUGGUUAAAAAUAUUAUUGCAGUCUCAAGUUAAAUAUUUUUAAAUCCCACAUUCAGAAUUUAAAACACUGGUUUUCAAUGUGUUUUUUAGUGUUGUCACUUCUUUAUAGAUAAAUAUGAUAUAAAUAACCUGUUUGGAUCCUGGUCGUUUUUAACUGUUCCUUGGUAAUUCUAAGCAUUUAUUUGAUGACUUAAUAUUUUUCACUACCUUUAGAGAAGAGAUGAACAUUAACUGUUCACCAUACUGUGGUCCUGAGUUGUGUAUAUGUCCAUAACACUGUAUAUUUUCUCUGUCAACACCCUUAGGAUACACUUAAAAACGCCUUCAGGCGGGUUUCAGGUUAAAUAAAGUCUUUUGUCCAGCUACUUUUUCAGAACCCAAAUAGAAACCAUGUAAUUUCUCACAUGUGAAUCAACAGUUUGCCCACAUUCAGUCAGAUUGUUGGUCUUAAUGUAAAACUUUGGCUUGAAAUAAAGUGCAUACUGAUUGAUUUA